CCGCCAUAUUCAGCCCCCGCGAUCGCCGCCAUUGUGACAUUUCAUUCGGCGUUUCUGCGCGUCUCUUUUGUUUGUCGCUCGUAGAUCCUAGAUAUUACAUCGAUUUCAUUUUUGGAAGUUGGACAAAGUUAAUCAACCAAAAUGCCGGGAUUUUCAUCGCAUGCUGGCACCUUCAAGAUUUUUGUCGGAAAUCUAUCUGACAAAACAACUGGAGCCGACCUGAAGCCUCUGUUUGAAGAGUUUGGAAAAGUUGUAGAAUGCGAUGUCGUCAAGAACUUCGGAUUUGUGCAUAUGGAAAAGAAAGAGGAAGGAGAGGACGCUAUCAGAGGUAUCAAUGGCCGCAUGCUCCAUGGCUCAACAAUCAAGGUCGAGGCUGCAACCUCUCGCAAGGGACCCAACACCCCAACAACAAAAAUCUUUGUUGGUAAUCUCUCUGACAACACGAAAGCCCCAGAAGUACGCGCUCUGUUUGAGCCUUAUGGAACAGUAGUAGAAUGUGAUAUUGUCCGAAACUUUGGCUUCGUUCAUAUUGAUGCCCACGAUCUCGACAAAAUGUUGAAAGAAUUAAACGAUCUAGAAGUGGAUGGCUCGCAAAUUAAAGUCCAAGUAUCAACAAGUCGAGUUCGCCAGCGACCAGGCAUGGGAGACCCAGAACGCUGUUACAGAUGCGGUCGUGACGGACACUGGUCCAAGGAGUGCCCCAAGGGAGUCCGUGGAGGACCGAUGGACCGCUACAGCGGCAGGUUGAGCGACCCCCGAGGAAUGUUUGGACGUGACCCAUACCCACCCCCACCACCUCCACAGUUCUUAAGAGACCGCAUGAUUUCUCUUGGACCCAAAGAUAUCUAUGACCGUUACUACGACAGACUCGACCGCGACAGGCUAGACCGUGAUCGCUAUGAACGUCCAAUCAGCCAAAGCCCGUACGACGACUUCGAGAGGAGACUCCCCCCUCUGCGAGACCUUGGUCCCAUCCGAGGCCGUGACUUCCCUCCCCCACCUCCCCUACCAUCCCGCAGCCGAGAGUCCUUCUCAUCUCUGGUCAGCUCCCGCUCGUCAUCGUUGCGUGACUCGUACGGUGAUAUCUUCAGCCGCAGAUCUCCUCCAUCCUCAAGCAUGUCUUCCAGAUACAGCAGUUCCAGAGGAAUGUAUGAUGACUAUACCAGAGAUACCUAUGACAGUCACAGAGUUGGUCUGCGUGGACCUUCGCCGCCGCGCCGAUACGCUCCUUACUAAGCCGUUCGGUCGUGGUCGAGUCGUGUGCAUCGUGCGCUAAUUAACAGAACGGGACGCAACCUCUUCGUUUUCAGCCACAAGAAACUCGACUGCUUACCUACUCAUCGUCCGGUUUCAAAGUUCAAUCAUGCAAUCUAUACAGAAAGUUACGCGCUUCCUGUAUUUGAACUCUCUUCAAUAUAUUUUCGAUUUAACUCAGAUUUCUUAAUUUUUCAGUUUUAUUUUAUGUAAUUUCUCAUGUUAGUUAGAGAAGAGCGGAACGUUCAUAUAAGGUUUCAGCGUUGCAGUUCGCGAUAGCUUUUUCCAUUACUUAACCUCUUGAUAAGUUACGAACAGUUUCGCCUUAGAUUCUCACGCAGAUUUAUGCAAAACAGCAUUGUUAGGCUGAAAGGUUUGGUUUUUUCUUCCUCAAAGAUUCCUUGUAAAUGUUCGUGUUGGAAAUUAUUUUAUAUUUGACAACCUAAUUGACAACCUAAUUUGUGCGUAAGUUAGUUUAAGUAUCUCUCUCUUAACUUCCCCUUCCCCCCUUAUCACUUCUCCUAUCCUCCCUUCCCGUCAGAUAAUUAAUUUAUUAUUCCUCCUCGUGGCAUCUUUAACCUGAGAUUGGUUUAAAUUUGUUUUAAAAGACUCAACUUAAGUUAUUUUCCUAAAUCUUUAUCACGAUCACGAAUCGUAAAUUAUCAUAAUCCUCAUAUUUUAAACAAGAAAUUUGUGCAUAAGAACCACGAAAUGCCACGUCUGCUUCUUUGUUUUUCUUUUUUUAUAUUAUUACUUAAGGUCAGUCGUGAGCCUUUGUAAGGCUGAUCGUUAUUUUCAAGGAAGUUUCAAUUUUUCUUGUCAAACAGUACUGACUCAAUCAUUGGCUUUAACUGUCUUACAUAUUUUUGACCUCAUCUUGUCUUAUAUCCUUGAUCUGUCCUUCCUCUCCUUCCUCAAGAAUUUCGUUUUCCUUCACAAAAUUAUUGGAUCAGUCAUGUAGAUAUGUAGAAAAGAUAGAUAGGCGUCAUGGAUGUAGGUUUCAGGUAGUUGAGUUCCUGUGAUUUAAUGAAAAGACAAGUUUGUAAUUGAGAAAACGUUAUGUAACCCUGUCAUACUCCAUUUUUCAAAGAAAGGGAAAGAAAUUCGUACACUCUCCAUUCAGACUUUUUUGUCAGUUACGAAAUAACCAUUUAAAAUCCAGUUUUUAUUUUGCUUUUUUUAUUUUUCCAGUAGUGUAUCCCUGUUUGUCUUUGUGUCUUUUUCUUGCUAACUGAGGGUUUAAGAGGAUUCAAACAGAAUCCUCCCCUUAGCUCUGUAUGUUGUAUUCGUGGUAACAAAGAAUAAAUAGAACAAUAUUUCCAAAUAAAUAUUUGAUAACAGGA